AUGUCAUCUCUAAGAAAUGCAGUCUCUCGAAGGGAUCACAAGGAACGAGCUCAACCGCAUUCGAGGAGAAAAUUUGGACUUCUUGAAAAACACAAGGACUAUGUUGUGCGUGCGCAGUCCUAUCACAAAAAGGAGGAGUAUUUACGGACUCAUCCGGCAACUUAUAGAUGUACCAAGAAAACUUUGACUCCUCAUAACUAA